AUGAUAAUUUUUUCUACUUGCGAAGUGCUAUUUCCUAUUGGUCUCCUUAUAUAUAGUUUUUUCGCACAAAACCUGCCUGAAACAUUAAAAUAUCGUGAUCCCCAACCUCUUCUCAAGGGCAGUAGUUCUUCUUGGGACUUUCAAGCCUCAGAAGCUUUGAAACAAAAUCUUAAGGAUGCUAUUCGUAAUCAUUUCAAAUUUUGGAAGGCUGGACAACUUGAUAAAGUCAAAAUACCACAAUACUUCAUUCUAGCAGGAGCUGGCGAAGGAAAAUCUCGCACUGCACAGGAAUUGUCGAAUUUGUUGAUCGAAUAUACAAAUGAUAAUGUUGACUUACAGAAUCGACUAAAGUCUGCUUUUGUAUUUAAUCUAUCAUUUGAAAAUGGGACCAGAUACAUUCGGUCAUUAGAAACCGAUAACUCUCGUGCAAUUGGUAAUCGAAUGCUCUUUCAGUUGUUACAACAGCCCAAUGAAUCUUGGAAUGAUUUUAAGGAUCAAUAUAGUGUAACACCAGAAGGUGUAUUGCAUAGAAUUGCCAAACAUCACAAUCAGAAAUUCAAUGAUCUGAACGUAGUUAUUAUUCUGGAUGGGCUUCAGGUGGCGUUGAGUAACUUCGAUUAUAAAAAAAAUAAAGAGUCUUUUUUUUAUGAUUGCAUCUCUGCACUUUGCAUCCUUUCGACUUCUGGUCCAUUUAUUAUUAAUUGUUGUAUGGCUACCAUCAGCAUGCCCAUUUACGAUUUCCAUGCCAGUUCAACUCAAUUAAGAAUCUUUCUUCCAACUACAUCACUGGAACCUCCAAAAAUAAACAACAGUCCGGUUUUUGCUAAUGAUCCAGUAACAAGGAUGUUCGUCGAUGAUAUAGAAGGUCAUGGACGUGCAUUGGAGGCUUUGGGAGAAGUACUUGAUGGUAAAGAUUUGAGCGAAGUCAAUUUUAUCGACCUAAUAAAUGAUGUGCGAUCGACCCUUAUACAUAAUUAUUCAGGAUGGCUGAGUAAUACUGAUUAUCUGAAACCUACGCUCCGCAUUAUUCUAUCACACGUACCUGUUAAUAAACAUGAUACUAUCACUGGACUUAAGGGAAACUCAAUAAAAAUAGAUCAUUUGAUACGGUUUGGACUUAUUCGGUUCGAAAGCUCAGAUCCUAAUCAAGUUGUUGGUCAUCUAUCAUGUCCAUACAUUUGGUUAUGGAUUAUGGCUCAUGCAAACCAUAUGAAUGCAAAUGAUCUCUUGUUACGGAAUUGGGAUUUUGCUUACUACAAAGAGGUGUUUAACAGAAGUGGAGAACCUAGUAUCCCACCUGGCUGCCAAUACUGGCAACAUUUUGAGUACUUUGUUGCACAAUUUCGCUCUCUAAAAUUAUAUGUCUAUGAUGAUGGACAACAAGUUGAUCCCUUUAGGAGGGUCAGCACCAAGUCUGAAGAUUAUAACCAAGAUACAAAAAUUUUGUGUCAGACUGAAGAAGUUGACAUUGCAGAAGCAAAUCAAAUUGUGAUCAACGCACCUAAUGCUAAAUAUUCUGAUAGCUUUUGUCCAAUAAAGAUGGCAAAUACUGUAACAAGUCAAGGGGAUAUUUUUAUUUUAUAUACAUCAACAUCCUGCAAGGGACUUGAGCUUCGGAACCCAAUGUCUGCUAUUAUUGGUAAAGAAAAUUGGAAAGAAUAUUUUGGACCUUUUGCUAGGAGGUGCUAUAAUUAUGCUAUGGGACCACCAGAUAUUAACAAAGCGACUUAUACUCAGCUGACUGGGAUUGAGAAAAUUGGGAAAGAACGUGCUAUUACUCUUAUGAAAGAACGAAAAAGACUCGAAUUCACUGACAAGGAAGAUUGUAACACGAGAACCAAAAUUUCGCGUCAAGAUCUUGAUCCAUUUUUUUGGGUUAAUAAGUAA